GGUGUGUCAUUUGUCUGUCUCUUUGUGUGUCUCCAUCUGUAUAUCUGUGUGUGUGUGCUUGUUGCUGCGUGUGUAUGUGUAUGUGUGUGCGGACACGCCGAUGAUGCGAAUGUACAGUACAAAACCACCUGGGUGCGUUUUGUGUGCUUGUGUGUGUUGGCUAGGCCCUAGUUGCCAUGGAGAUGCUGGUCCAACAUCUGUCCAGAUGUCAACAUCUUGGUUGGAUGAAUGUGAUUGGUGAGUUGAUUGAUUGACAGUUGGAUUGUCGACGUUUUUAUGCCGUGACAAUGAUCUGUUCCGGCGCCGAUGUUUUAGUUCCUGAUUUCACAUUGUCCCCUACGUCCCAACUCUUGACUUGCAAUUUGAAUGUCGGAAUAUUUAGCGUUUAAACUCAAAUUCAAAGUGGAUCCUUCCACUGUUAGUGUCACAUGACCAAUGGAGUGUAACUUGACAGACUGGCCCAGUUCAGCCAGCCAGCAACACAAAUUUCAUGUAAGCUGAUGUUUAAAAGACCAAUCAAUAAAUCAUUUGAUGCUCUUUUGGACCGUAAUUCAUGAAGUAGUUAAUAGCCUCAGAAACCUAAAAUUCAAAGACAAAAGGAAGCGAAAAAGGACCACGGAUCAUUUUACACUUGAAUCGAUGCGAGUCCCGGGAUCCCCAUGUCAUGGAAACAAUGAGUCCCAACCUGGUAACAAUGAGUCCCUGCAACUUAUCAUCACGAAAUACAGAUACAGUAAUCCUACGCUAGAUCACGGUUCUUGCUUCACAGUCCUGCUUCAUUGCAGAUUAUUAUUACAGAUGGGACUAUUUUUUAGACUGUUUGUACAAUAUUUUUGUGUUAUCCAUUGCUCGGUCUCUCUCAGUGUAUUACAUGUGUUGAGGCCUGGCAUGACAGCAAAUUAUUAAGGACGAUAUAUUUUCCCCAAAACUAUCACGACAAAUGAUAGUAUUGAUGUUUGUAUGCCACUUACAUAAUGAUAUCAUCCAUCCCUCCAUUUUCUUCCGCUUAUCCGAGGUCGGGUCGCGGGGGACAGUUGCUUUAGCAGGGAAGCCCAAACUUCCCUCUCCCCAGCCACUUUGUCCAGCUCUUCCGGGGCAAUCCCGAGGCGCUCCCGGGCCAGCCUAGAGACACAGUCUCUCCGGCGUGUCCCGGGUCGUCCCCGGGGUCUCCUCCCGGUGGAACGUGCCCGGAACACCUCACCAGAGAGGCGUCCGGGAAGCAUCCGAAUCAGCUGCCGCAGCCACCUCAUCUGGUUCUUCUCGAUGCGCAGGAGCAGCGACUCUACUCUGAGCUCCUCCCGGAUGACCGAGCGUCUCACCCUCUCUCUAAGGGAGAGCCCGGACACCCUGCGGAGGAAACUCAUUUCGGCCGCUCGUAUCCGGGAUCUCGUUCUUUCGGUCACGACCCGCAGCUCGUGACCAUAGGUGAGGCGAGGAACGUAGAUCUACUGGUAAACUGAGAGCUUCGCCUUUCGGCUUAGCUCAUCGGCAUCACCGCAGACCCCAAAAUACUUGGGGCAGGAUCUCGUCCCCGACCUGGAGAGGGCACUCCACCCUUUUCCGGCUGCGGACCCUGGUCUCAGAUUUGGAGUUGCUGAUUUUAAACCCAACCGCUUCACACUCAGCUGCGAACCGCUCCAGUGAGAGUUGGAGAUCACGGCUUGAUGAAGCCAACAGAACCACAUCUGCAAAGAGCAGAGAUACAAUAGUGAGGCCACCAAACCGGACCCACACAGACACGCACAUGGCCGAUCAGACGCAGGGUCCCUGCUCUUCACUACCUCUGAUCGGUUUAGCGACCACGAUGAAACCCGUCGUGUGUCUGCUUUCAAGUCGCAAAUUUUUUUUUUGGAAAUUUUAUUAUUAUUUCUUUUUUUAAACUCAAAGAACUAGGCAGCUGCACGGACCAUAUAGCCCGACCCCCACCAUCCCGCCUCGCCCCACCCUUCUGUUUCAUUUGAUUUUUUUGUCUUGUGGCAGGGGCGGCCCACUAACUAGGGUAACUAGAAAACGACACUAAGCACGAUGAAAUAAGCACAAGACUAUGGCGGUGAGUAGUCAAUAGUCUGGUUUGUUCACUGCUUAAAAAGCCAAGAGGAUUGGUAAUGUGGACCAGCUGUGCACAGGAGGGUCCGCCCAGCCAUGACAGUAACUGGGAAAAAAACAAAAGAGACCUGGCAGGAUCACAGGCUCGUGACAAAACGAGUGCCCACUCGGUGGUUUUCUAAUCGGUUUUCUUUGUCAUAUACUGCCUGCAGUUCCAUUAUUGUAGCCGGGAGGGCGCGUUGCGUUCUCUCUCUCUCUCCCUCCCCCUCCCCUCUCUGUUUUCAGCACCUGUCUCCAAUCAGCCUUAUAUAUACACCUGCCUGCUCCAGGAAACCCUCGCCAAAGUAUUGCAGUUACUUUCAGUGGUACCACGGCACAUUUACCUCCUGUAAGUCAAAACUGUUACGAUCCAUCCCCCGCAGUUCCUCGGGUGGUGGCCUGUGCCCUGUGCCUCGUUUCUCCCUCGCAAUCAGCAUCACCUGUGCAGCGCACCUGUCUUCGAGCAGCACUCAUUGCUGCUUGCAUUUAAAACCUGUCAAGUUCUACAGCCUCUGUCUGAGUAUUGACACUACAACGUUUCCUUGGUUUCGCCAAUUUCUACCGUCGGUUUAUCCGUGAUCACAGCAAGGUCGCUAUUCCCCUCACUAGUCUCACAUCUGCCAGCUCCCUCUUUCGUUGGACCCCAGCAGCAACCCAAGCAUUCAAGCGACUCAAGACCCUGUUCACCAGUGCGCCCGUUCUUCGCCACCCCGACCCCACUCUCCAGUUUUUGGUCGAGGUUGACGCCUCGGACACGGCGGCAGGGGCUGUCCUCUCGCAGCGGGACCCCACGACCCAGAAACUCCACCCCUGUGCCUUUUUCUCCCGUCGUCUGUCCCCUGCCGAGAGGAACUACGAUGUCGGCAACCGAGAGCUACUGGCCAUUAUAUGGGCCUUGGAAGAGUGGAGGCACCGGUUGGAGCGGACUGAACAACCAUUUAUCAUUUGGACCGACCACAACAAUCUCGCUUACCUCCGUUCCGCCAAAAGCCUUAACCCCCGACAAGCUCGUUGGGCUCUCUUCUUGAGCAGGUUUAAUUUCAGUCUCUCCUUCCAUCCUGGCUCCAAAAACGGCAAAGCUGAUGCCCUGUCUCGACUCUACUCACCCCCCACCAGCCCUGACAAACCGGAACCCAUUCUUCCUUCCUCGUGCUUCGUUGGUGCUGCCACUUGGCAAAUCGAACUGGUGGUUAAGGAGGCCCAAAAAACUCACCCGAAUCCCAAGACUGGGCCUCCAAACUGCCUGUUCGUACCGGAUUCUGCACGCUCUGACGUUCUUCAAUGGGCUCAUAGCUCCAAACUCACCUGUCAACCUGGCAUCACCCGCACCAUUCAGUUCAUCCGGCAGCAUUUAUGGUGGCCCAGCCUUGUUCAAGACCUGCUCCGUCUGUGCCCGAGGGAAGUCAUCACACCUGCCCGCAGCUGGGCUGCUGCGUCCAUUGGCUAUCCCCAGCCGCCCUUGGUCCCAUAUUGCUCUGGACUUCGUUACCGGUCUACCUCCUUCUGAAGGUAACUCUGUCAUUCUCACCAUUGUCGAUCGUUUUUCCAAAUCUGUCCCAAGCUACCAUCCGCCUUCGAAACUACUGACCUCCUUGUCCAGCAUGUCUUUAGACUCCACGGUAUUCCCAUCGAUAAUGUCUCUGACAGAGGUCUUCAGUUCUCAUCCCUGGUGUGGAAGGAAUUCUGUAAAGCGGUGGGCGCAGCAGCCAGCUUUUCAUGGGGAUAUCAUCCGCAGACCAACGGCCAGACGGAGCGGGCAAACCAAUCCCUGGAAUCAGCGCUCCGUUGUGUUGCCGCACGCAACCCCUCCUCCUGGAGCUCAUUCCUCCUGUGGAUUGAGUACGCCCACAACUCCCUCAUCAGUAUGUCCCCAUUCAUGGCUUGCUAUGGUUACCAACCGCCAUUGUUCAAGCAGCAGGAGCGGGCAGUGGCAGCCCCGGAAGUCAAGGAUCAUCUCCAGCGGAUCCAGGCUGUAUGGAAUGGCGUCCGUGUGGCAUUGACCGUCAUCGCUCCCCGACACCCGAAUACAAGGUGGGCCAAUCUGUAUGGCUUUCUUCUCACGACCUCCCACUUCAGACUGAAUCCCGUAAGCUCACUCCCCGUUUCAUUGGUCCUUUCCCGAUUACCAAAAUCAUCAAUACCACUUCCGUCCGGUUGAAGCUUCCACUGUCCUUGAAAAUUCACCCAACCUUCCACGUCUCGUUGCUUAAGCCUCUCUCCACCUGCGCCCUGAGCCCUCCGGGCGAACCCCUUCCACCCCCCCCCCCCCCGGAUUAUUGACGACCAUCCGGCAUUCACGGUGUCGAGCAUCCUCGACGUGAGGCCAAGGGGGAGGGGGUUCCAGUACCUAGUCGACUGGGAAGGGUAUGGGCCGGAGGAGCGGUCGUGGAUUUCCCGGAAACUAAUACUCGAUCAUACCCUUUUGGACGACUUCUGUGCGCCUCACCCGGGGAAGCCUGGCAGGAUGCCUGGAGGCGUCCGUUGAGAGGGGGGUACUGUCAUAUACUGCCUGCAGUUCCAUUAUUGUAGCCGGGAGGGCGCUUUGCGUGCUCUUUCUCUCUCCCCUCCCUUCUCUGUUUUCAGCACGUGUCUCCGAUCAGCCUUAUCACCACCGAUAUAUAAACCUGCCUGUUCCAGGAAAUCCUCGCCGAAGUAUUGCAGUUACUUUCAGUGUGUGUUUCCCCACCGUGUUCCUGAUCCACGUCGUUCCUGCCGCCAAGCCAGCCGCCUGUCCUCAUCACUGCCUGCCAACCCACCUAGGACCACCGCCAUUACCUUUCAUCAAUAAACUAUUCACCCUUUCACAUCUGCCUCCGACUGCUCUUGGAUCCAGCCACUCUCUAUUCGUGUCAUUCUUAGCGGACAGACUGAAAUCCAGCAGACUCCAGACUGGCCCGGCGCACCAACCUCCAUCUGCAACUACUAGCAGCUGAAGAGCGCCUCCAUCCAUUGGUUGUCAUGCGGCCAGAGAGCGGAGCCAGACACGUGGACCAGGAUGUUGGGCAUCCUCUCCGACACUCGUCUGCUGUUGCUGGGCAACCUGGAGGCUCAUCCUUUCCUGGUCUCAGAGAGGGCGGAGUCUUGUAGUGUGUGGUUGCUAAAAUACCGCCUCCAUGUGACCUCGUCAAAUUCCAACUCCGCCCACAAAGAGCAUCCCGAGAGCGUACGUCCGCUGAGCCCGCUCGCCAGUGCCGCCUUGGACACGCCCACCACCAAAGUGACGGCUUUCCUGUCCAGCAGGCUGAAGCGAUCCCUCCGCAGAAGUCGCUCGCACCCGAAAGUGUUUCAUCAGAGUGGCGUCAACAUGCAUGAGCGCAGGUGUGUGAUGCGUCGGCUGCGCUGCGCUAGCCAGGAGUCAGUUUUAGGUGCUGGGGGCGUGGCCUCUUUGGAGCUGAAAAUGGACCAAUCGGUGAUCAUCAAACCCGUUCACUCGUCGCUUCUGGGCCAGGACUACUGCUUCGAGGUGACGACCUCUACGGGGACCAAGUGCUUCUCGUGCCGCUCGGCGGCUGAGCGAGACAAGUGGAUGGAGAACCUGCGCCGAGCCGUGCAGCCCAACAAAGACAACAGCCGACGCGUGGAGAACCUUCUGACGCUGUGGGUCAUCGAAGCCAAGGACCUACCCGCCAAGAAGAGGUACUUCUGCGAACUUUGUCUGGACGACAGCCUGUACGCACGCACGUCCUGCAAGAUGAAGACAGACAACAUAUUUUGGGGCGAGCGCUUCGACUUCAGCAGUCUGCCGUGCGUCGGCGCCAUGACGCUGCACAUCUACAAAGACACGGACAGGAAACGCAAGAAGGACAAGAGCAGCUACGUGGGCCUGGUCAACAUCCCCAUCGUCACGGUAACGGGCAGACAGCUGGUGGAGAAGUGGUACACAGUGAGCAUGCCCAGCACCAUCAGAGGGAAGUCGAGCGUGCCGACGGUGCGCGUGAAGGCGCGCUACCAGAGCGUGGUGAUCCUGCCCAUGGAGCAGUACAAAGAAUUCGCAGAGUUCAUCAGUGCCAACUACCUGCUGCUGUGCAACACGCUGGAAGGAUCCAUCGGCCUGCGAGCCAAAGAGGAAGUGGCGGCAGCGCUGGUUCACAUCUUGCACAGCACCGGCAAGGCCAAGGACUUCUUGACGGACUUGAUGAUGUCAGAGGUGGACCGUUACCGUGACAAUGAUCAGCUGAUCUUCAGAGAAAACACCCUGGCGACGAAAAGCAUUGAGGAGUACUUGAAGCUAGUUGGACAGAAGUACCUGCAGGAUGCGCUGGGUACGCCGCACACAACAACAAACUAUAAAACACGACACAAUGUACUACACGAGACUGGGUGUGCAAGUGUGUUUGCGUGUGUGUGUGUGUGUGUGUGUUCAGGCGAGUUCAUCAAGGCUCUGUAUGAGUCGGAUGAGAACUGUGAGGUGGAUGCGUCUCGCUGUGCCAACUCUGACCUCGCAGAGCAUCAGGCCAACCUCAGAAUGUGCUGUGAACUCGCUUUCUGCAAGAUACUCGACUCCUACAGGGUGUUUCCUCGGGAGCUGAAGGAGGUUUUUGCGUCGUGGCGUCAGGAGUGCGGCAACCGCGGGAGGCCGGACAUCAGCGAGCGUCUGAUCAGCGCGUCGCUCUUCCUGCGCUUCCUGUGUCCGGCGGUGAUGUCGCCAUCGCUCUUCGAUUUGACUCAAGGAUACCCGGACGAACGCACGGCUCGCACGCUAACGCUGAUCGCUAAAGUUAUCCAGACCCUGGCCAACUUCAGCAAGUUCGGCACCAAAGAAGAGUACAUGCUCUUCAUGAACGACUUUGUGGAGCGCCAGUGGAGCAGCAUGCAGCGAUUCCUGCAGGAGAUUUCCAACGCCGACGGACUCAACCACACCGGCGCCGGCUUCGACGGAUACGUCGACCUCGGCCGCGAGCUCUCCAGCCUGCACACUUUGCUCACUGAGCUGGACCAGUCGUGUCUGUCCAAGCUCAGUCCACUUCCGCGGAUCUUACGAGACGUGUCGGCGGCUCUGGCUAACCCAGGGGGCGUGGCUUACCCCGGGAAAGCGUCGGCCUCCUCGCCCGAGCUUCAGCGUUUGGUGUCUCCGCCGCCGCCUCCGUCGCCACCCCUCUCGCCUCCUUUGGUGGCCUGCAAUCCAUCACUAGGCCAGCAGUGUGGCGUCGGACUGGAUGGAGGGCUGGUGGACUUCACCAGACUUCCAUCGCCAACGCCUGAGAACAAAGAUUUGUUCUUCGUCACAAAAGGUUCCAGCCUUCAGCCUGCAUCAGGCUUGCGCGGCUCUCCGGCCCCGAGCUCAUCCUACUCGGAGCCCAAUGACGAUGCGGCGUUCGGGAGGGCGGCGGGGCAGGAAAUGAGUGCCGAGGGGCGGAGCCUGUCCCUGGUGGACCUGCAGGACUCCUCCCCCGGCGACACGCUCGACGACAGCCAAUGGCAGCGAAGGGCGGGGCUGCUGCCGCUGUCUUUCCAGAAUCCCGUCUAUCAAAUGUCGUCGCGGCAACCGCAUCGGGCCGAGGUCACGCCCCCCGACAGCCUGGGCGGAGACGAGCGCAACUCGGCUGGCGCCGCCGCGCCCAGACCCGCCUUCCUCACCCAGAUGCAAGUGGGCGUUGCCGGGGGUGUGGCCGGCGAGCGAGGAGAGCGUCUGUCGGCCGUGUCCAGCAGCAGCAGUGGAGAAGAACAAAACAGAAGAGCAUUCUCAGAAAAUGUCACAAGUGGCGCUGCCCCCCCUCGUCAGAACUGUACGGGUCCUCAGCGCCGCAUCGACCAACCUCCGCCGCCCUCGUCGGCGCCCCCCCCAGGCCCGCCACGGGGUCGCACGCCGCCCGGCAUGCUCCCACCUCGCCCCGCCUCCGGAAGCAUGAUGUCGUCUAGUCCCGACUGGCCGACCGGCGGACCCUCGAGACUGCGCCAGGCCUCGUCCUCGUCCAAAGGCGACAGUCCUGAAAAACUGCGGCCCGCCAACAAGGCGCCAUCUCCGUGUGCCCUGGAUCGCACGGCCGCCUGGCUUCUCAACAUGAAUUCCACAUCCACCUACGCCGAGGCGGAAGAUGAUCAACAUGACGACGCCCUCAUCGACAAGUACCAGCAGGACAUCGCGUUAUUGCAGGAGAAACUCCGUGUGGCAGCUUUGCGCCAGGAGGAGUGCGAGGCCCACCUCCUAGUUCAGGACCAGCAGAACCAGCGCUUGCUGCAGGAGUACCAGGCUCGGCUAGAGGACACGGAGAGUCGACUGAGGAGGCUGCAGGAUGACAAAGAUCUCCAGAUGAACAGCAUCAUCAGCAGGUUAAUGGCCGUGGAAGAGGAGCUGAAGAAAGAUCAUUCUGAAAUGCAGGCUGUGGUCGACUCCAAACAAAAGAUCAUUGAGGCCCAGGAGAAGAGGAUAGCGAAUCUGGACGCUACCAACACUCGUCUGAUGGCAGCGCUGGCUCAACUGAAGGAGCGUUACGGUGUGACAUCGCAGAGGAACGGCCUGUCACCUAGCAACACAUCAUCCUUGCAGAUCACGGAAAACGGCGAAUUCCGCAAUUGAGUAAUUCAUGAAUUGGUCCUUGUUGAGCGGCAGGCGCGGUGCUGACAACGGGAAGUGGGAGGCUUCGCAGCAAGUUGGCGCGCACACACACCUCCUCUCCAAGAUGAACUUUAACCUCCGCCGUCCUUUCCUUUUCAACGUCUGACACUUCCCGUUUGCAUGCAUGACUUCCUGGUUUGUGUCCAACUGAGGCUUUAAGGAGGAAGCGACUCAACAUUUGAUUUCCAAUGCAGCAGGAAACACACAAGGUUUCAAAAUACCCUCAUUUCUCAUGGAGAAUACGUUUUCUUUCAAAAUCGAGGGUUCAUAUUACAGCGACAAGGAAAAUUCUAACAUUUUGUCCCAUUGUAUAAAUGUAUACCGGUAACUAGGGUUUGUGAAAAAGGUACUUUCAUUCCAGUAUGACAUCACAAAUCUGUAGAAUCGAAUUUUCGCUGCUCACCGAGAACCACGGUGGCUUCAAAGCCGCCGCCGUAUUUAUGUUAUCGUAUCUUUUCCUAUUUCUCUGAUACAUUCCUCCUACUUUCCAUCGCAAAAAGGUCUCCAGUUGGCUACCUUCAAACAUCUGGCUCAGGAAACUUGACCCUUCUCAGUUCGCUACGGAAAGCAGCUCCUUCCGCUAGCUCUCCGGCCGGCAAAAUAACACCCAGCGGACUACACACAGACGACUCGACUCAUCCGUCACUGGGGGCUCUUGAGGGGAGCCCUCGAGCGUACAGUAAGUACACUACCUUGACUUCAACUGCCCUCAGAUAGUAAAGCGAGCGCCGUGGGCUCCGAAGGGGAAAACAAGUCACAUCGUCGCCGGGUUGCACUGGCUGUGCUUCUCUCUUUUCCAAUUUCUUGGGAAAACUUUGCGGAUCAUUUUUUUUGAGCAGGGACAUAUACAGUACAUUAGCUGUGAAAGGAUGAUUUCGGUGGCGUGCAUCACAUGAGAAAGUACAUCCAGUCACAUCGGUUCCAUGAUCAGAACCUCUUAUUUUGAAAAGGCAAACAUUAUUGUUCAUCUUUAAACAAAACUUCAUUUUGAAAUUGUACUGAAACUAAUUCUACAAAACAAACGAGAGGUCCAUUGUUGCGGCCAAUCACAAGCCUCAGUGUGACGAUCACUGUUGAAAGCUUACAAAUGCCAGACUUUAGUGGACUUUGUGUUUGCGUCUUUGUAAAAGCUUUUCUUCUUCUGGAAUUCUCCAACAUGACCGACUCGAAUAAAGUGUGACAGCAUCAA